UCAUGACUUCCCCCGAACAACGUCUUCCAUAGAAUAUCUCACGCUGUAUAAUGCUAAAUAAGGAGAUAUAGCACGCUAUUCGUGAUGGUUCUAGAAAAUCCGACCCAGGGAUUACAACUACUACCCACUUGUACCACGCCACCCCUGUCCGCUACUGCCCGCUGGCAGGCAGUGGUCCGCCGAGAUGCAACAGCCGGUUCAUUCGUGUAUGCCGUGUUAACGACCAAAAUAUACUGCAGGCCAUCAUGUCCAGCUCGUCUCGCACGUCGAGCCAAUGUCCGAUUCUACGACACGCCCUCGCAAGCCGAAAAGGCAGGAUUCAGACCGUGUAAGCGUUGCACACCACAGACCCUGUUGGCGGUUAAUCCACAAACCCAGGUGGUUCAAUCAGCAUGUAAAACUAUUCAAUCAGAGGUAGUAACGGGCUCUAAGCCGACGCUCCGGAAACUUGCCGACCAAGCGGGCCUCACACCUAGUCACUUCCAUCGGGUGUUCAAAAAGCUCGUGGGCGUAACCCCCGGGCAGUAUGCUGAUGCUCUCCUCAAGGGUGGUUCUGGGGUGCCCUUGCAUGACUGCAGCCGAAACAUGAAUAUGACAAGGUUUCGACCGUGCGGUAUAGCUUCCGACCAAGAGUCGUGCAUGUCAAAUGAUAUAGAGGGUAUUGUUGUGACCGACCCUGGAGGCACUAGAAAUACCGUGCCCUGGAAUGAUUUUGACACUUUAAUAGCCGCUGAGGCUGGAUAUGAGUCAGAAUUCAAUGCACAGCUUGUGGACGACUUCCUCUCAUUGCCCGAAGAAGAUCUCCCUGGUGCCGCUGAGUGUCAUAAUUAGGAUAUUGGUGGUGUCGUAUUGCAGCCAGAUUAGGCAUGUCGCCUGGACAAUGAUGUUCAACUCGCACAUGUGGAGCAUAUCAUGCCAUCUUGGAUCAGUUGGUCGGCUUCGUCGAGACAGUUAGGAGUUCUCAUGAGGUUCCAGACAACCUCCUGUGUGAGAGUCUGCUCGGCGGGAUCAGGACGGCGGUUAGCCCUUGUUUUCCUUUUGUGAACACUGGUCAUCCAUCUUGAAAGGAGAAAGAGAGAGAAGGCGAAGGUGGAAUGGAUCGUGUGCUAAAUAUUUUAUUUGAGCACGAGAUAAUCGCUCCACCUAGUAUCUUUCAGGAGUCAGAAUUCGGAACAUCUACUGACCUGCUAGCUCGCU